CGAUAGUGACGAACGAGAGCAUCAGAACUUCAAUAACGAUAUUUAGGUUACUUCGAAUCAACGUAUUCGCUGCUGCGUCCACAGGAUACCGAUAAAAUGUCCAGGAGGAAUCCCGGAGACGAUUAUAGAAAAGUGUUUGACGUUGUCAGGGUCAAGUGUCUACAGAGCGGAGGAUAUGAGAGAGGAUGACAGGGAUAGGGACCGUUCGCCUCUCAGGCCCGAGGAGCGCUGUGAAUCAGUCAACUACAAUCCAGAUACGAAGAAACAGAAGCUGGCAUUUGGCUUUGGGAAAAAGACCGGUAGUGAGCAGAAGAAGGGGAUACAAAUCAAAUUAGGUUCAGUUUCUAAACCAACUGCAAAAACAACAACACAAAAACCAACAGUGGCCUCAGUAUUUAACGCAGAUGAAGAAGAUGAACCAGAAGAGAUGCCAGCAGAAGCAAGGAUGAGAAUGCGAAACAUCGGCCGUGAGACGCCAACGUCAGCUGGGCCCAACUCAUUUGGCAAAACCAAGCAAGGAUUCUGCGAUUCUAAAAAAAUCUUUGAAAAGACCCUGAAGAAAGCAAUGGAAGAGGCAAAUAAAUGAUUCUUCAAUGUACAAUAUA